AUUUUAUUUUAAAGUUUCAAUAUUUUGGAACGUACUGUGCUUACCAUACGGUCCUUUUUGGACCGUUACAACAGCUCCAGAUUUGCUGGUUUCCCCACUACAAACCAACACAGUGAAAGUAAUGGGCUCGGUUAGCCUCUGCUAACUGAAACAUGCCUGAAGGGAGCGGGUAUAGGUGCUGACCGGCUGCUGCACCUCGACAUCGGUUCAUGCCCGUUUCAGAGCUUAGAAUUAGCGAGUCCUGUCAGCGGAGCUCGACAUGUCCUGCGUGGCGUCCGCUGCUGUCGGUAGCGUUAGCUGCUCCGGUUCGGGUUCAGGCUCUGGGUCAGGCUCGGCGUGCGGGGUUUCGGGCAUCGCGGGCAGGCUGCCUAGUCGGGUUUUAGAGCACAUCUUCUCUUAUUUGGAUUUAUCCGAUCUGGCGCGCUGUUCAUUAGUGUGCUGGCACUGGAACAACUGUCUAGCGGACGAGAACAGCGAGGUGUGGCGGAGCCUGGGUGCACGCUUGCUCAGCGACGAGGCUCUGCGCUCAGAUAUCCUCUGCAAUCUUUGUACAUAUAAAGGAAAACUGAAGUCAUUCCAGCAUGCACUGAGCUCCCAUGACUGCUCCAGGAAUGUGUAUGUCAAGAAAAAUGGAUUUACGCUCCACCGAAAUCCGAUUGCCCAGAGCACAGAUGGUGCGCGUGGUAAGAUCGGCUUUACUGAGGGCAGGCAUGCCUGGGAAAUAUGGUGGGAGGGCCCGCUUGGCACCGUAGCAGUGAUUGGCAUUGCUACCAAAAGGGCACCCAUGCAGUGCCAGGGCUAUGUGGCACUUCUGGGCAGCGAUGACCAGAGCUGGGGCUGGAAUCUUGUCGAUAACAACCUGCUUCACAAUGGCGAGGUCAAUGGCAACUUCCCACAGUGCAACAAUGCUCCCAAGUACCAGAUAGGGGAACGGAUACGUGUGAUUCUGGACAUGGAUGACAAGACGCUGGCAUUCGAACGAGGGUUUGAGUUUCUUGGCGUGGCAUUCAGGGGGCUGCCCAAGACCUGCCUCUUUCCGGCGGUUUCAGCCGUUUAUGGCAACACUGAAGUCACAAUGGUGUACCUGGGAAAUCCUCUAGAUGGUUGAGGAGAAAGCGAGUGCCAUGCUGAUGUUACCAAGUGCCAAGGAGACAUCCACAAGGCAUAGAAAUGACUGGGUAGUCCACAGCAUGAGCAAGAGUCUGAUCAUCUGGGCAUAACAGAUGAUAAUAUAGCAGUUUACAAAUAUGGAUAAUGGAUGACGCUCUAACAAGCAUGCAACCAUCAAUUUGGGGUCUCCAGAUAGCCGAGGACAAUUGUUUUUGAAGCCGAUUUUAAUCUAAUUUAUAAAAAGACACUUGGUUAGGAUCUGAAUAUUAUUAAUUAAGCCAACUGCUUUACUUGGCAAGUGGUAAGUUUUAACCCUAACAAUAAUCCACACACAGAAUGCAUUUAUAACAGAGUAUGGUGGUGAGUGGCUGUGUGUUCGUGUGUGUGGGUGUACUGAUACAACAGUAACAGAGUGAAGUAAUGGUUUUUAAAAUUUUAAAUCUGCAGCACAAAUCCAACAAAUAUGUAGGCAAAGGACAUGCCAAAAACAUUUUCUUAUUACCUCUACACAGCUUGACUUUUUUUGAACGUAAAAGCAGGACUGCUUCAUUAGAAGAGUUAGUGCUUUGCAUGCAGUGGAGUCAAAGCUGUCUGUUGCCAUUGGUGUUUGUGCAUAAAAUCCAAAAGAAACAUAUUGUAAUAAUGUUACUGUACUUCUAAAUUGUGAUGUACUAGUAUAUGAUAUUUAUUUAUUAUGUUUUAUCCUUGCUAUCACUGAGGUCAUGUGACCGGUAAAUAAACUAUAUGGUGCCA